AUGCCAGUCGUACUCCAAGCGUCCGAUAACCAGCAAUUCACCAUUGAGAAGGCCGUUGCGGAGCGCUCUAUGCUCCUCAAGAACAUGCUAGAAGACGUGGGUGAAGCUGGAGAACCGAUCCCGCUCCCCAACGUAGCAGGAUCGAUCCUCAAAAAAGUCAUUGAAUACUGCGAACAUCACAAGGAAGAUCCCGUCCCGUCCGCCGAAGAAGAUAAGGAUGCGUUCGAAUCGUCGCGAAGAAAAGCGGAUGAUAUCGACGAGUGGGACGCGCAGUUUAUCAAGGUUGGGAAUGAGGAGCUCUUUGAGAUUAUCUUGGCUGCGAAUUACCUAGAUAUCAAGCCACUAUUGGAUUUGGGAUGUAAGACGGUUGCCAACAUGAUCAAGGGAAAGACCCCAGAGCAAAUCAGAGAAAUGUUUAACAUUGAGAAUGAUUUCACACCCGAAGAAGAAGAUCAGAUUAGGAGGGAAAACGAGUGGGCCGCUGAUGCUUGA